CGCUGUAAACGCAUUCCUUUAGCAAGGCGGAUAUACGUUCGUUGUUCGUUGUGUGUUUUCUCUAUUGUGUCGUAUUGUAUCCUAUCGUUCGUCGUUGUCGUUUUGGCGUUAGCGAAAAAGAAAUGUGUGUUUAAAAAAUAAAUGGUUUUAAGUGCGCAAUAUCUAUCAAUAAAAAAAUCUAGAAAUCUAAAGAAUUUACUAUAAAAUAGCUGGCUAAGAGUUAGCUGCAAAGUAUUGAUUGCUUAAUUAUAUGUGAAGGAAAGCGCUGUGUAGCAGAAGAAAAACAAAAGAAUUUUCUGUAAAAAUUUAAGAAUUUAUUUAAUUUAAUUACCACGAAACGCACGCAAAAUCGAACGGUUCGUAGACGCGUCGUUGCUAGUCGCGCAUUUACGCUUUAAUUUUGCCGGUAAUACCCCACACGUGUUUCAUCAAGUGAGUGCUUUAAGGCUUUAAAGCUUACGCAGAUAUUUACUACGAAGCUGGAAAAGGUAAAUGCAUAUGCUAACUCAUAUCCGCGUACCGCAGCCUCUAUAUCAACUGAUCGCCUAACGAAGCAUGUAAAUUAGAGUAAAAUAUCUAUGUCGUUAACACGAAAAUUGCAGCAUUAAUAAUCAGCAAAUUAAAUACCAUAUACGAUUUUGCCAAUAUAUAAAAUCAACUGAGUUGCGUAAAGCACUUUAAAGCCAAUAAACAAAUAUUAAAUGCAAAUAAAUUAGAACGCCAAAAAAAAGUUAGUACCAACAAACAUACCACAAUCAAUGCGCAAAAAAAAAGUAAAUGCAUGUAAUUGCGCGACGAAGCAAAUGAGCUGCACAAUUUCGCAAUGCGUUUAUAAAUAUUUAAUAUAUUAUUUUUUGUAAUUGCAACAGCAAUACCAACAACAAACACACACAAAAAAUAUGCGCGCGCAAAUUAACAUGCUUAAAAUACAUAAAUUCAUAUUAAUAUAGAUGUAAUUUGCGCAAAAAAUGUGCAAAGGGGAGCAAACACAACAACAAAAAAAAAAUAAUGACAAAAGAGCUGAAAGAAAUAAUUAAAAGUGUUUGCCAUUUAUUGCACUACGGCGCCAUCGUCAAAUGAAAGGCAAAUAAAAAAAUAUAUAAUAAUAAUUUAUAAAUAAGUAAGCAAGCAAGCAGACAGGCGCAUACAAUUGCAACGGAAAUGUACACACAUAAAAAGCCUGCUUAAUAAUAACAUUUAUAAUAAAAAGUGCAAACACAUUUACCGCAAAACGCGCAGCUCUAAAAUAAUACUACAAAAGUGUGGCGGCGCCGUUGUCGCGUUACCCAUACGCCACCGUAUACGCAGGCGAAUAAAAAGCCACUUGAGCAUUGCCAUCGAGUUGGUGUUGCUGUUGCUGUUGUAGAAGUGUUUGUUUGCGCGUCAGUAUAUGGCUGAGUGUGUAUGCCCAUGUGCGUUCGCUCUGUUAAUGUAAAGUCAUAAAUUAUGUAUUUAAUUAAUUAAUAGCGCAAAACAAUAGCAGCAUAUUAACACAUGUGCGAGUGCGAGUGCGAGUGUGAGAGGCGUAGACAAACAAAUUUACAAGUAGACGAAAUAUAAAAAGCACGCUGCUUUGAGUGCCCCUUCUAAUGUCGCUGCAAAUUGCAAAGAAAGUUGGCGCAUUGUCUUGAAGCCCUUUUUAUGCUUAAUUAAGCGGAUUUAUUUUGUUAAUUACAGCAUAGUAAAUACAUAGUUGUGUGUAAUCAUUAAUAAUACUUCAAAAUCAGGAAUUAUCGUAGUGCCUACUGUAUGAAUUUCAACUAAAUAAAACAAAAAAAAGUAUUAGGUGAGAAAAUUAUAGGAAAUAAAUAAAAGUUAAAUCUUACAAAGCCGUACAUAUCUUUCUGCGUUAGUGGACACCAAUGGGAUAUUGAUCGUUGAGAUUUCAGGAUAUUGGUUUUAUAGAAAGGUGCUGGUGUUGUUUGCAACGCUGUUGUUGUUGGAAAGUUCUCCGUCUUCGCGGCGAAGCAGCCAAGUAAUUGAGUCGACAGCGUGACCAUCGACCGGUGACAGCUGAACGAGCGGAAAAAUAUUCCAUUUCAGUGUUUGCAUUGCAAUUUCUUUUUGAGGUUGAAAAGAAACAAAAUACUUUUCUUUAUCGGCAAAUCGUUUUUGUGCGCUAUACUUUUAACGGUAUAUAAUCUACGGUUUAAAUACGGUUUCGGUAUCGCGUUUAGCAAACGGUGUCUCGCGUUGACUUCGGUUAAACUAAAAUAUAUAAAAAAAUUGUAAUAAAUCGCAGUUUUUGUGUAUUUUGCAAAUUAAACGUGUGCGGAAACAAAUAGACGACCAAAUGUUGGCCUUUCAUAACGAGCACAUUGCAAGUUGUGCCUUUUUAACUUACUUUAGCCCGGAGAGCACAACAACGGCUGCAAAUUCGCCAACAACGCCACAAGCAGCUGUGCUCAAUGAUAAAACGGCCUUAACAGGGAUAGCCACGACGACGACGACGACAACGGCGACUGCUCUGAGGCCAUUGGUUGCAGCCACAGCCAGUGUUGGUGUUGAUAAUCACUGCAGUAGAAAUUACAACAGCCUUAGCAUGCCCAACAACAACAGUUUCUACAAUAACAACAAUCACUGCAGACGCCUUCAGCCGUACGUUUUGGGUAUGGCACGCCUGCGACUUGAAUUGCAAAAGCAGCAGUUGAAGCAACAGCAGCAGCAGCGACUAUAUAGCCAACAGCUAAAUGGCAACAUUGCCCUCACGCCGAUGUCGCUAAGUGCCACACAAUCACAAGCACAAAUGUUGCAUGUAUUGCAGUUGCAGCGAAUGCGGCAAUUUAUAAGACAACGGCAACAAGUACAACUGCAGCAACAGCAACAGCAACAGCUAACGCAACAACAAAAAUGUGAACAACUCGAGCAAACACAACAACAGCAACAAUUUAAACUCAAAUAUCACCAACAUCAAACAUUGCAACAACAACAACAACAGCAACAACAACAGCUUUUGUUGCCCAUUAAUUUAGUGCCGCGCAUUUCGAAUUGUUUUAGUAGUAGUAGUAUUGGUAAACGCAAUGCGGCUGCUGUUGGUGCUGCCACUACCGUCGACGGUGGUGAUGGUUGUGGUGGUGGUACUAGCAGCGGCUGCAAUGCUUCUGCGGUCGUAAGGAAAACGACAAGAGCCGCAACAACAACAACAACAACAACAUCUACAGCAAGAAGCAUAUUGCUAACACCGUCAUAUUUAAAAUCCAUUGUUAAGCUUUGCUAA